GACAUAGGAGGGGAAAAACGUUUGCGAGAAAUGAAUGAACGCCCAUGCCCACAGAUGGAGUGAGCGAACUGUCGUCAAAGCGUGGCAACGUGCAGUUAGACGUGUACUACUAUCGUAUAUAAGCGAACGGAGCACUGAACAUUGCUCAGAACGGCAUUUUAGGAAUUGUAGAAAACUUGAAAGAUAUACGCUUCAUUUACGUCCGAUUUGGAAUUAAGGUUAAAAACCAACCAUUCUUACAACGUAGGCUACUACGCUGUGUGAAAGUCUAGCAAAGAGAAAUCCAUUUGUGUGUAACGAUCAUCCAUCGUUGUGCAUCGUGUAUCGAAGAUGGAGAAGAUAGAAGACAGCGACAGGAAGAAGAAGCAGGUGACUUGCUAUCUCCUGUUCUCUGUAGCCACUGCGGUUAUUGGCUCCCUUCAGUUUGGCUACAACACUGGAGUCAUCAAUGCUCCUGAACAGAGACUAAAAGAAUUCUUCAACCAGACCUGGAUAGACAGGUAUAGCGAACCCAUUGACGCAAACAUCUGCACCUUUGUCUGGAGCUUUGCUGUGGCUGUCUUCAGCGUCGGAGGAAUGAUUGGCUCAUUCUGCGUAGGCUUCAUCGCCAACAAAUUUGGGAGGCGUAAGUCCAUGCUGAUGGCAAACAUCUUGGCCCUGCUGGGGGGCGCUCUGAUGGGCCUCUCCACUGUGUGCUCCUCCUUUGAGAUGGUGAUCGCUGGCCGGUUCGUCAUUGGCCUCUUCUGUGGUCUGUGCACUGGCCUGACGCCCAUGUAUCUGGGAGAGCUGGCGCCCACUGCCCUGCGGGGAGCCUUCGGCACUCUCCACCAGCUGGGCGUGGUGGUGGGCAUCCUGGUGGCACAGAUCUUCGGUUUGGAGUCUCUGCUCGGCUCGGCCUCUCUGUGGCCCCUGCUGCUGGCCCUGACUGCCCUUCCAGCUGUACUCCAGAGCGUACUGCUGGUGUUCUGCCCGGAGAGCCCGCGCUACCUUCUCAUUACCCUGAACCAAGAGGAUGAGGCCCAGAAAGCCUUGCAGCGGCUGCGUGGGUGUGAGGAUGUGAGCGAUGACAUUCAGGAGAUGAAGGAGGAGGGGAUGAAGAUGGCAAUGGAGAAGAAGGUCACCAUCCCCGAGCUGUUCCGCAUCCCGGCCUACAGACAGCCCAUCAUCAUCGCCAUCGUCCUGCAGCUCUCCCAGCAGCUCUCGGGGAUCAACGCGGUAUUCUAUUACUCAACGGGUAUAUUUAAGGACGCAGGUGUAACCCAGCCCAUCUACGCCACAAUUGGAGCUGGAGCCGUGAAUACAGUCUUUACAGUCGUAUCUCUCUUCCUGGUGGAGAGGGCGGGACGAAGGACGCUACACCUCAUUGGAUUGGGCGGAAUGGCCAUCAGCGCCCUGAUCAUGACGAUUUCCCUCCUGUUGGCGGCCAAGUAUCCGGCGAUGACCUACCUCGCCAUAGCAGGAGUGUUUGCGUUCGUGGCCAUGUUUGAAAUGGGCCCCGGGCCCAUCCCCUGGUUCAUCGUGGCUGAACUCUUCGCCCAGGGCCCACGCCCCAGUGCCAUGGCAGUCUCCGGCUGCUCCAACUGGACUGCCAACUUCAUUGUGGGCCUCAGCUUCCCCAAGCUGCUGGACUUGUGCGGACCCUACGUCUUCAUCAUCUUCUUUGUCUUCCUCGUCAUAUUCUUCAUCUUCACCUACUUCCGGGUUCCUGAGACGAAGGGCAGGACGUUUGAAGACAUCGCUCGCAGCUUUGCCGGCUCAGCUCCCAGUCCCGGCCUCGCUCCUCCUUCGGAUGGGAUCUCGCUGCCCGUCUCGCCCACCACCGAGAAAGCGCCCAUGGUGGAUUUCUGAGCGAACGGGCCUGGCUCCAAUGCAUAGGCGGUGCAUGGGCGUCAAACCAUGAGCUUGGUGUAGGCAAAUCCAGAGUUUACUGUAUGAAAGGCUUGCACAUAAACACACGUAGAAUGUAUGUAUGUCGGUGGUAGCUUUGAUAAAAUAUAGAACAUACAGGGUAAAGGUUUGGAUGUAUUGGUAUUGUAACGUUAAAUGCAUUGUGGCUGAGGUAAUGCAUGGUUUGCGCUCUUGUGCUCUUUUUGAGUGUCAAUUCUUUGAUUAUUCUUUCUAUUUUUAAAGUUCUUGAGGGAUUUUUUCUUUUUCAAGUAUUAAACUAUCAGUUGUCUUCUAAAGGAACGGCCUCCACAGUGUUACCAUGUUAAUGGCCAUUUGCACCGAAAAAUCUAAAACCAUUUCAUCCGGUUAUUGACAGUAGCAUUGUGACCAUUUUACUGUUUUCGGAAAAAAACUAUUUCCUAUGAAAAUGAUAUGCUUUUUAUCUCUGCUAUAAUAAUCAUCAACUCAUUUUUUAAAAUCUCUGACCUUACUUUACUUUACCUUUUAAUCUUGUCAUUUUAUACAUAGAAAUAGCCAUUUCUCUUUGAAGUGACUGUAAAGUGAAUGCAGCAUUUCAAGUUCAGGCAAAACCAAUAACAUGACCAACGCUUGUGGUAUUUCUUUUGCACCAUUCAUUGGUUGUGUUAUUACUUUAUGUAUGCCAAAAAGGUUUUGCACAUGCUAUAGAUCUUAGUAAAUCAGGCCUUGAGGCUUCUGUCUGCUUUUACAAAAUUUGUAAAUAGAAAAAUAAGACAAUUUUCUUUUGACACGAGGAAUGCUAUUUCAAAGGAUGAGAUCUGAAGGUCUGACAGCAUGUCCAUUCUGUAUGGGUAUUCGCUGUAUGCUCAUCUCAGUGUUAAAUGCAUCUCUAAAAACACUGAACGGUUUCUGUCCCACCAAAUAUUUUGAUGUUGGCUAGAUGUUGAAUCAGCAGUCAUGGAGGUCGAAGUGGGGCAGAAAUGAAAGUUUAUUAUUUUUUUUACGUCAGUAAUUCCAUGAGUAAAAAACACUGAUGUAGAAAAGUGGUUGUGUCAUGACUCGACAUUGAUCAGCCUGUGUUUUGUCUUUAUCAAUCAGUGAAAAAUAGUUACACAAUUCUCUGACUGUGGAAACUUGUAUUUGUUGCCACAUGAAAUGUUACACAGAUAAAUAUUUUACUGUAAGACACCGAUAUUCUUUUUAUUAACAGUUUAUGUGUGUGAAAUAAGUAACUUUAUUCACUCUUGCCUUUUGAGACUUUUCAUGUCUUGAUAGCACUUUCCCGUUAUGUUGGCCCAGAAUAACAUUAGAACUACUGUUACUAUGAUACGUUCUCUGUAAAUGGACUACAUUUACACAUACGUAUUGUAAAAAUACAUUCCCUGUAUGUCAUCAUUCUGUAAUAAUGCAGAAAUCUGUGUUAUUUUAUAUUGUUGGGGUAAUGUUUUGUAAUAUGUAUAUUUUGAAAGCCAUGAGUAUGAUGAUACGUGUUUAUUUAUUGUUUAUUGUGAAAUAUGAAAGGUCACAUGUACGAGGAGAUGAUUAGCACGGUGUUGAUGUCAUGUUUCCAAAAAUGGUCAAUAUCCAAUAUUCCAGAACAAAAAGCAUAAAUCAUUUAAGGUAAUAUUAACUGCAUCUCUCAUAGUAUUUCACCAAGCUGUUCAUUGUAUUUAAUGCCAGUUAAUGUUGUGUUGUGUGUUUUUUUGUGUGCGAAGUUAUACAUUUUAAAAAUAACAUUGCUAAAAAAAACCUGGAACUAAAGUCCUCAAGUGGAAAUAAAACCUUAUUUAUUUUUUUAA